GUUAUUCGUUUUAGCUGAACAGCAGCGUCAUAUCGGUUAAACUGGUUUAUUUUAGAUGGGUAAACGUUAUUACUGCGAUUAUUGUGACAGAUCAUUUGUUGAUGAUUAUGAAGCGAGGAAAAAACACAUAUCAGGGUCAAUGCACGUGAGAUUGAGAAAAGAACAUUAUGAUGCUUUUCGCGAUGCAAAGACCAUAUUGGCAGAAGAAUCAGCAAAAGUACCGUGCAAGAGGUAUCAGCAGACUCGUGAAUGUGUUUUUGGCACCAACUGCAGAUUUUCACACUACACUGCAGAAGACUUAAUGAAUUUAAAAAUGAAAGUUGAAGAAGAAGAAGAGCGACUGGAAAGAGAGAAGUACACAAGACUGGAUCUUGAUCAUGAUGAUGGUCCAACUUUGACAUCUUGGCUACAGAAGAGAAGUAAAAUGAAAACCUCCAAGAGCACUGUUGAGGAGCACAAACCUAAAGCAACAGUUCUCUGGGAACUUCCACCUGAACUACAAGAGGUUCCUGAUCUUCCUCCAUCUCUCCAACCACUAAGAGUGGAAGAUUUCACAAAUGCAGAAUUUGAAACUUGGGGCUGAUAUGUAUAUAUUACGGCUGGAUGUAUUGUAUGUUUAUUCGUAACCCGUCAAGUUUAAAUUCAACAAUUUGUUGUUCUAAAUUCCAUGAUGUUGGGACUGUUCUUUCAGCUCAUGGGUAUCUUAUAUAGUCCCUGUGCUCUUCUUUGCAGUUGGUUCUGAGUUAUAUGGCUUUCUUAAAAUUGUUUCCUAUGCAAUUUUUGGUUUCAGUUGGUUCAAAGCAAUUA